UUCCGCCACGGAAACUUGCAUCAACUGUUUGGUUAUUGUUAACUUAAUAGUUGAUUAUAUGCGUAACGAAUUACAAUCUCCCGCGAUGACGUCUAUAAGAACACUGCCUUUGUUAGAAGGCACGAAAUUAAUCGUCCUUGACGAAGGGGUGGAAGCAAUGUAUGCAAGAAAAUUAAUUGCAGGAUGGAUACAAAUGUGGAAAGAUAAAGAUUCUAAUCAUACAUUUGACUUACUGUUGUUUUCUGAUCCAAAGUCUGUAUACCAACUUGAAUCCGAACACUUCAUGUCAAAUAAUGUGAACAUUUAUGAUUAUUACACUGUUGACACCAAUCUGCUCGAUAUAAAUACAAUGUAUGAUAAGGACUUUGAUAUCCUUGAACAUAUUUUAAAAAAUACAAAAACAAAGUCUACAGUAAUCAUUGAUUGUUUGACAUCUUUGAUCUUAUUUGUUGGCCUGUCCAAAGCUUUGUGGUUCUUAGAAAGAUUAAGUAAACAAGUGCCACAAUUGAUCUGCGUUUAUAGACGAGAUUUUGUGCAGAAUAAAAUACCCUGUAUAGAGACAUUAGGAACUACAUAUGUAAGGAUAGAAAGAUUUUCUAGUUUGCAUACAAAUGAUAAUCUUAGCUAUAUUAUAGAGAUUAUGCACCGUAAAGUAGGUGGCACAAUUUUAAGACAAUGUGAACUAGUAAACCAAAGCAAUACCUCUCAUGAGAUUCAGUCAGAAAAGAUUGAAACACAGAAUAAACAACCAGAUUUGACUUACGAAAAUGAAAGACAAAAGAUCGAAUCUUCGUUCAGGAUAGAAAUUAAUGAACAUGAAAUGAAACAAAGGCAAGAAACGAUAUUACCAUAUAUGAUUACAUCGACUGCAACAAGUACAUCCAAAAUUCAUUAUCAACCAGAGGAUAUAGAUGAUAUUGAUGAAGAAGAUCCAGAUGAUGACUUAUGUAUUUAA